CAGCAUCUGUUGCUGGUGGGGGUGCAGCGUGCCCUGGAGGGGAUCGGCCUGUAGGGAAAUGGGGAUCUUCUUGUAUUCUGAUGUUUGCAGAUUGAACACCUGCACUGCUAAUGAAGGGGCUGCAGGCCUCGUCCUUGGAACAGGAACUUUAGGGCUCUUUCACACGAGCGGAUCCCGUGCGGGUUUUGAGCAGCCACGUGACCCACAUCAAGGGGACCUGAACUGUAGACACCUGAUUAUCUCCAAUAAUUAAUCAAGAAAAUGUCGAGCUCCUCAUCUUUGAACAUCUCUGGAGCCGUACAGUCAGUGGCUGAGAUCUUCCAACGCCAUCGCUUGCCUCUGCUCUGUGCAGCCGGGGUUGGAGUCACAGCAGUUGCUUCUUGGAUGUGGUGGAGACGAAAAUGUGGGGAACAUGUGGAGCUGAGAAAAGUAGGUACAGUCUCCCAGCUUCUUAUACACCCCAUCAAGUCAUGUCAAGCCAUCUCUGUGCAAGAAGCAGAGUGCCUGGAGCUGGGGUUGAGACAUGAAGAACUUUGGGAUCGACACUGGCUGGUGGUGACUGAGAAAGGUCAGAUGGUGACUGGUCGGCAGGAGCCACGAAUUGUGCUUAUAUCUGUGACUGGCUGUGGAGACUCGCUCGGCCUUGAAGCCCCAGGGAUGGAGAAGAUAAUGGUCCCAGUAGUACAGCCCAAGAGUAACAAAAUUUUGGAUUGCCGAGUAUUUAGCUGUGACAUCCAGGGUCGGGACUGUGGAGAUGAGGUGUCUCGUUGGCUGACUUCCUAUUUUCAGAGUAGUGUACCCUACCGCUUGGUGCAUUUUGAGCCUGAUAUGAUGAAGCCACGGAAGUCCAAGAAUGCAGAGAGACCUUUCCGAGAGAAAGAUAUCGUUGCUUAUCCCGAUGCCAGUCCCAUCAUGCUGCUGUCUGAAACAUCACUGGAAGAACUCAACAGACGACUAGAAGAACCUGUCUCACUGGCCAAUUUUCGACCUUGCAUUGUUGUGUCUGGGUGUGAGGCGUUUUCAGAGGAUGGUUGGGAUGAUGUGAAGGUGGGCACCGCAAGACUGAAGAGGGUCAUGGCAUGUGGUCGCUGUAUCUUGACCACAGUGAAUCCAAAAACUGGAGUUUUGACCCGGCAAGAACCACUGGAUACACUGAGAACCUUCCGACUGAGUGAUGAGUCCUUGAGCCACCUCUACAAAACAGCACCCCUCUUUGGCCAAUAUUAUGGGGUUGACAAAAUUGGAAAGUUAAGAGUUGGAGAUCCAGUGUAUCAAGUGGUCCGCCAGGGAUAGAAACUAUUCUGAUAUUCCCCGGCUGACAAUCCAUAUGGCCACUGUGACAUCUUCAACAGGAGUUGUCACUCAACACUAUAGUCCUGAAUGGCAAAUCUUCCUUGACAUGGGAAGAGGGAUGCAUGACUUCACAAUUAGGCCUCAUGCAUACGACCAUGUCCAUUUUGUGGUCCGUAAAUUGCAGAUCUGACCGUCUUGCAUCCACCUUUCUUGUGGACCCUUUGACUUUAAUGUGGCUGUGGUCUGCAUUUUGCAGACACGUAUAGGACAUGUUCUAUCUUUUUACAGUAUGGACAUACGGAUGUGGAAAGCAAAAUGCGAACCACUGACCCAUUAAAAACAAUGGGUCCGCAAAUUAAAUUGAGGACGGCACGCGCUAGUGUCCAUGGGGCCUUAUGCCAGUUUGCCAUUCAGGAGUGUUGACCAUAUUGGUUAUCACCCAGUUUUUGGAAAAACUCAGUU